GUUCAGCUGAGCUUUGCGCGCGCAAAAUGCACAAUUCCUCCUGUGCCCGGCCCCACCCAUCGCCUUUCGGCCAUCCCAGUUGAAUCGCUGUGUCUUCAUAUCAAGGAAUCGUGCCCAUCCAUCUCAUCACAGAGCCCCCCUUCUCCCUUCACCUCGACCCGAAUUUCAAUCCUUAAAUCACCAUGGCGGACGCUGGCGAAGACACCACGCACGUCCAGGAGCCUCUUGACCUCGUCAAGCUUCUGCUCGACGAAGUGGUUUUCGUCAAGCUUAGAGGUGACCGUGAGCUCAAGGGCAGACUUCAUGCGUACGACAGCCAUUGUAACCUUGUUCUGGGAGAGGUUGAGGAGACCAUCUAUGUAGUUGAUGAGGAUGAAGAAGAUGAGGAAGUGAAGACCAUCAGCAGAAAGUCGGAGAUGCUCUUCGUUCGUGGUGACAGCGUGGUUCUCAUCUCGCCUCAAACGUCCUCAUAACCACGGGGGGAUCAUGUAUCAACCAUCGCCGCGAAGGGGCUUUGGGUUUGAGUCAACACCGAGUACACCCGAGCCG